AUGUCCGCAAAGAUCGCCGUUAUCACCUGGUCGCUCUACGGCCACGUCGCCGAGCUGGCCAACGAUGCCAUCGAGGGUGCCAAGGCCGCUGGUGCCGAGGUCAAGCAGUUCCAGGUUGCCGAGACGCUGCCCAGCGAGGUGCUGACCAAGAUGCACGCCCACAAGGCUGCCACCGAUGCGCUUCCCGUGAUCAAGCCCGACGACCUCAAGGAGUUUGACGGCUUCAUCCUCGCCUUCCCCACCCGGUACGGCCGCGCCCCGGCCCAGGUGAGCGCCUUCUUCGACCAGACCGGCGGCCUGUGGGCCACGGGCGCCCUCGUCGGCAAGUUCGGCUCCGUCAUCACCAGCACCGCCUCGCAGCACGGUGGUCUCGAGACGACGGCCCUCACGACGAUUCCCUGGUUUGUGCACCAUGGCAUCAACUUUGUGCCCAUCGGCUACCAGUUCCCCGAGCUGCAGGAGGUGCAGAAGAUCCAGGGCUCGUCGGCCUACGGCGCCGGAUCCGUCACCUCGGGCGACGGCAGCCUGCGGCCCACGGAGCAGGACAAGACCGUGGCAAAGGGCCAGGGCAAGCACUUUGCCAACGUCGUCGGCCAAUUUGUCCGCGGCAAGCAGUAG